UGUUUAGCGUUCUAGGGUUUCAUUUCCUCUUCGUUCGCCACACCUCAGAGUUUGCUCCAGACAGCCAGCCAGCGAAUAUGACUAAGAGAACAAAGAAGGCUGGUAUUGUUGGCAAAUAUGGUACCCGUUAUGGUGCCAGUCUGCGUAAGCAGAUCAAGAAGAUGGAGGUCAGUCAGCACAGCAAAUACUUUUGCGAGUUCUGUGGGAAGUUUGCAGUGAAGAGAAAGGCAGUUGGAAUCUGGGGUUGUAAGGAUUGUGGCAAAGUGAAAGCUGGUGGUGCAUACACAUUGAACACUGCUAGUGCUGUAACUGUUAGAAGCACGAUCAGGAGGUUGCGCGAACAAACGGAGAACUAAGUUGCUGUUUUUUCUACUAGAUUGUUUUUUCACCUUUUUUGUUUCUGUUUUUGGAGAAGAAAAGGAAGCCAGUGGAAUUCAGAGGGAAUUGGCAAUACUUUUUAAACCCUUUACAUAGAUGUUGGCACUAUUGAAACCUUGUUUAUUUGAGUUUAUUGAAUCUUUAAUGAUCUAUUUUCUUUCAUUCUCA